AUGCCGAAAUAUAUAUGUCUACCUACAGGUCAAAGUCUUAUUGAGAAUAUACGAUACUUUAGACGAAUCAACGGUUUUCCGCAAGUAGGCGGGGCUAUAGAUGGAACAAAUAUUCCAAUAGUGGCACCACGUGAUAAUCCAGCUGAUUAUUACAACAGAAAAGGGUGGUAUUCAAUGGUAUGCCAAGCAGUUGUAGAUGCAAAUUACUGCUUUACCAAUGUUUAUGUCGGAUGGCCAGGCCGAGUCCAUGAUGCGCGCAUAUUCAGUAAUUCAGACAUUUAUCGACAAGGAGAGAAUGGAGAGCUAUUUCCUCAACAUACAGUCAAUAUUAAUGGAACUGAGAUACCUGUAUUUUUAUUGGGUGAUGCCGCGUAUCCUUUGAAAUCUUGGCUGAUGAGACCUUUUUCCGAUUUCGGAAAUUUAACUUAUGAACAAAAAACUUUUAAUUACAAGCAUUCAAGUACACGCAUGGUUGUGGAAGGAUCAUUUGGUAGGUUGAAAGGGAGAUGGCUUUGCUUACUGAAAAGACUUGAUGUCGCUACUGUACGUAUGCCUUAUGUUGUUUGUUCUUGUUGUACAUUACAUAACUUUUGUGAAGUGCAUGGUGAUGGUAUCAAUGAAAAGUGGCUAAAUGGCGUUGUUGGUGGUCAAGAUAAUGUAUUUCUUGCCAAUUUGCAAAAUAAUCAAAACAACUAUGCUGAAAAUAUCAGGGGUGCUGUUGUGUCCUUUUUAGUUUAG